UCUAUCUCUCAGUGUCUCGUGUUGCUGUCCGUGCAGCUGAACAAGAAGAUAGAUACCCACCUGCGAAUAUUCUUUCUUGUUUCAGCUGCACUGGUUUACUGAGCUUGGUCAGUAAUGGGGGCAAGAACCGUGGGAUGCUCGGCUACUAGACUGGCUUUUAAUGGUGGAUUCUCGGGUCCGUUAAGACAGUUCUUCCCUUCCAGAACUGCCCUGUUUUCUGGGACAUCUUUGGUUUCUGCCCUUCAUUCGAGAUAUUUUCCACUGACUGUUCAUUCCAUGGAAAGAUCACAUCACCAGGGGGAAUAUGAACAGAGGAGACCAAAGAGCUUAUCUGAUUCAAAUGACGUAUCUGAAUUGAUGAGAUCCAUAUCGAAGUUUGCACUAACUAAUUUUCUUCCUAUAGCUCUUAUAAGUGGAGUAACCUUUGGACUUGUGAAUCCUACACCCGGUUGUAUAGCUAGCAGAUAUCCACUAACAAAGUUUGCCACGUUUGGGAUAUUCUUCAUCUCUGGGCUUAAAUUGCGGGGAGGGGAAAUAGGAUCUGUUAUAGACGCAUGGCCAGUUGGAUUAUUUGGGCUAGCUUCUAUACUGUUGAUCAGUCCUUGCUUCUCCAAUCUACUUCUGCAAUUCCGUCUAGCACCCCAGGAAUUCAUUAAAGGGUUGGCUAUUUUUUGCUGUAUGCCAACAACAUUGUCCAGCGGAGUUGCGCUUACACAACUUGUCGGUGGAAAUUCGGCCUUGGCUCUUGCAUUGACUGUUCUAUCUAAUCUGUUGAGCACUAUUGCGGUGCCAUUCUGGAUAUCGAAUUCUUUUGCUGAGGGCUUAGGAGUUUCCAUCCCUACAGGGCAGCUGUUCUGGAAUCUCAUAUGCACGAUUCUCGUACCUUUGAUUCUGGCAAAGGUGCUGCGCUCUUCUUCCAAAGGUCUUGCAACGUCCGUUGAUCAGAACAGAAGGAAGCUGUCAUUCAUUUCGACCCUCCUCCUCAGUCUCACACCAUGGAUGCAGGUAAGUAAAUCAAGAUCCUUGCUCUUAAUGGUGAAGCCGGAAGUCUUCCUAAAAGCAAUUGCCAUGGGAAUAUCGGUGCAUCUCACCUUUCUAUGUUUCAAUGCCGUCGCACUUAAGUACUUGUCGAGUGGUCUGGUUGUUUGGAAAUCUGCCAUGGUAAAGAAAGAGAACAUCCGCGCUCUCUUGCUUGUUUGCAGCCAGAAAGCCUUGCUGAUCGUAGUAGCUGUAGUGGAUCAGCUAAGCGGUGCGCUUGGUGAGUCGGGGUUAUUAGUACUCCCUUGCAUUGCAGCGCAUAUUAACCAGAUCAUUAUCGACUCGCUGCUGGUGAACUAUUGGAUUCAAAAGGAUCAGUUGAAGAAAGCAUCGAUCAUGUCCCACAGCAUGCAAUGAGCUUCUUCGAUCCGUGCUUGAAAGCUAUGCACCUUGUGGAAUUACUUCGAGUAUGAUCUGCUCUAAGAAGCGCUUGCCUUGUUCAAGCAAAUCAGGAGGGAUGAUGGGCAAUGCUCACAUAAUCAUUCAUAAAGCAGCAGAAGGAAAAAGGAUAGCAAUAAGCUGCUAAAUGGAAACUAAGAAUUCAGAUCAGCUGUACCGAACAUCGUGUGGUGUCUAACCAUUGAAGAUAAAGUAUCUGAGAAGCUGAUAUUUACAUUUCAUGCUUUCCGAUGUCCUCUAACACACCUUAAAUCUGGAUGAUCUUAUAGAGAUGAUUUCUCCAA